GGCUGGAGAGCAGAUUCCUCCGAGGGCUGGCCCUUCGGCAGGCGCCUUCAGCAGCGGGACCAGGCAGGCCACCAUGACGGAGAACUCAACGUCCACUCCUGCGGCCAAGCCCAAGCGGGCCAAGGCCUCCAAGAAGUCCACAGACCACCCCAAGUAUUCAGACAUGAUCGUGGCUGCCAUCCAGACCGAGAAAAACCGUGCUGGCUCCUCGCGCCAGUCCAUCCAGAAGUACAUCAAGAGCCACUACAAGAUGGGUGAGAAUGCCGACUCCCAGAUCAAGUUGUCCAUCAAGCGCCGGGUGACCACCGGUGUCCUCAAGCAAACCAAAGGGGUGGGUGCGUCGGGGUCUUUCCGGCUGGCCAAGAGCGACGAGCCCAAGAGGGCAGUGGCCUUCAAGAAGACCAAGAAGGAGGUCAAGAAGGUGGCCACGCCAAAGAAGGCAGCCAAGCCCAAGAAGGCUGCCUCCAAAGCCCCAAGCAAAAAACCUAAAGCCACCCCGGUCAAGAAGGCCAAGAAGAAGCCGGCUGCCAUGCCCAAGAAAGCCAAAAAACCCAAGGUCGUCAAGGCCAAGCCAGUCAAAGCAUCGAAGCCCAAGAAGGCCAAACCAGUGAAGCCCAAAGCCAAGUCCAGUGCCAAGAUGGCCGGCAAGAAGAAGUGACAAGGAAGCCUUUUCUUACGGACAUUCCUCUCUUACUCUGUAAAUACUUUUUUCUUUCUUCUUUCUUGAUUCUCUGCAACCUUUUGAUCCAUUUAUCCUGACUUUAUAAGAGACAGACUAUGGAUUCCUCAGAAAUUGUGGAAUAACUGCUUUUUCCUUCAUCAGUUGUGCAAGGACAACAACAAAUCUCAUCUCUGUAAUGAUGAGGAUGUACUUAUAUUUCACUUUGUUGAUUUGCUAUUAAUCUUACGGGGUUCGGGAUUUGGGUGGGCUGUGUGUUGGGGGGGUUGCUAUGAAGGUAGAUGGGGAAGGGGAGAACAGGCUCAGCAGCUGUGUUUGUUCUCCAUAGGUGAGAGGGAGCCCACGAAUUGUAAAGGUUUAUAGGACUGUGUAAGGUUUUCUUUAAGUUGGGCACCCUUAUGAGAAUUUCCGAACCUUUGGCAAGGAGCAGAGGGGUGACAUCUCCCAGGGGUGAGCAGCUAGGGGUCGGAGGCCAGUUCCUUCUCACCUCGGUCAGCCUACCCUUCUGGUCUCACUAUUGUGUUAGGGAAGAGGAGGGGGACCGAGUGACAGCUGGUUGGGGAAACUAGCUUCUCCCGGUCAGCUAGGAACCAGCUAUGGUGGUGGUGGGGGGGGGCACGUCUGUGCCUUCACCCAAGUCUCUUAAUGGGAGUGGAAACUUUGGGGAAUAGGGUGGGGAGUCAGUCAGCCAAGUGCCUCAGUGUGCCCUAUUGAAAUGAAACUUGGGUUUUUUCACACAAUUUGAUGGAUUAUUGUGUCUUUGGAGGACUUUUUUUUUUCUCUUGGUAUUUUGUUCCUCUACAAGAUGUGGCUUUGCUUGGUCUGGUAGGACUCCAGCCCCACCACCGGCUACUUAAAAACCUCCCAACCUCUUUUUACUUUUGAGUCUUUUUUAAGUAGUUGUAAACGGGGAGGGAGAGGGGCAGGGAGUGGACGGUAAGACAUACUGCAGUUGAUUUGGAAUUUGCUAUGUAGUUAUAGAAACUAGAUCUAUGUGCAUGCGUGUGUUUUGUAUAUAUGCAUACCUAGGGCUACUACUUAGGUUUCACAUCAGGAGCUGGGAGAAAAAACCUGUACAGUUGUCUUUCUUUUAUUUUUAAUAGGAAAAUAUUAAAAAUAUUUUUUUCGCGCACUUGUCCCCCCCCCCCCCCUUUUUAAACAAGUGUUACUUGUGCCGGGAGAAAUUUGCUGUCGUUGUAAUUUUAACACUUUAAAAUAAAAGCCGGAAAAGGAAAAAAACCCAAAAAAACCAAAAAACAAAACAAAUGCAAGCCAGGUAUAGUGAUGCACACCUGUAGUCACAGCACUCUGGAAGGCUAAUGUAGGCAAUUUAGUGACUUAGUGAGACCUUGUCUCAAAAUAAGAAAUAAAAAAGGGCCAGAGAUAUAGCUCAGGGCAAAAGCCCUAGGUCCCAUUCCCAGUAGUGCAAAAAAAAGUUACUUUUGUUUAGAUGUGGAAAUGGUAUUUUGGUUGUAUGACUCCCCCCACACACAUUGUUUUUAAGAGUUAAAAUUUUUUUAAAAAUUAACCAUUUCAGGGAAUGGGGGUGUAGCUCAGUAGUAUAGCACAUGGUUAGUAGGCAUGAAGCCCUGGGACUGAUCCUGAGUGUCCCCCCAAAAAUCACAUAAAAAGAUGUUCAUAUUUACAAGUAGUGAGGAAAGAGAAAAUUAAUACCAUUUUAUUGCCAUCACAUUGGCAGACAUUUAAAAUAAUUAUAAGUAGUUCUGCAGAGGAGCCCAAGUCAAAGAGCUGAAAGGUUAUGGCCCUAGAAAAGGAUGGCCAUCCACAGUUGUGAUUAUGCAGGCUGUGGCAAAACCUGUACAACAAGUUCUCAUUUCAAGGCACACCUGCAAACCCACACAGGUGAGAGGCUGCACCACUGUGACCGGGAGGCCGCAGAUGGAAAUUCAUCUGCUCCCAUGUACUGACCAGGCACUACCUCAAACACACAGGGCACCGCCCCUUCCAGUGCCAGAAGUGUGACCAGGCCAUCUCCAGGUCGGACCCCCUAGCCUUACACAUAAAGUGGCACUUUCAAACCCCAGAGUGGACAUGACUCGCACUGCAAGGAGAGAAAAUUCAGUAUUUUUUAAAACCUUUUACACUGUCUUCCCACAAGGGGAGGAGCCCAGCUGGCAAGCACUACAAUCACGGUCAAGUCCUAAGCAGGUCAUUGUGUGAGUGGAUAAUCAGGAGAAAGGAGAAAUCCAAAAGACACAAAAAUCAAA